AUGCUGGGUUGGUUGAAGGAUCUUCUCAACGGUAUUGGAAGCGUGCGCGCUGUGUUUGAUCUGAGGGAGGCGAUGAAGCGCGCCCUGCCCAUCGUCGGCCUUGACGCCACUUGCGGGGAUGGGUCUAAUGCAAGCCCAGAACACGUCAACCUCCGAAGAACACGCUCGGGGGCUACCUUCAGCUCGUUCUACACUGUCAACAACCCCGACUUUGAUCUCGACGCGCUUCUGGAGAAGCGAUGCGAUGAAGAACAGGACGAAGCGGAUCUCACCGGCGCGGAUGCGGUAGCGGACCCACCAUCUGGCACGCCAUCCCCCCUGUCCUCCCUUCCACCUUCGCCCUCAAGCUCUCGCUCCCCUUCUCCCCGGCCGAAGGAGGCGAAGCGCCCGCGCCUGGAUACCCCCGCCACCCCACCCUCCGCCCCUCCGCCCCCCGCCACUUCAUCCAUCAACCCCGACGUGCACAAGGCAUCAAAGAAGAAAAGAUCAAGGGGGGACCGGCAGAAGAAAGCGCAGAUGCGCGCCGCCGGACGCGACUGGACGGCGCCCACCCCAGGCGCUUUGCGUAACUCCCGUCACCUCGUAAGCGCGUCGUUCGUGGGCGUCGACCUCGACUGGCAAGCCCAACCCGUCACAAGAACCGGCUUUACUGCACUGCGCGACGACGGUGAAGAAGACGUCUACGCGCUUGAGGACUUCUUUGGGCCAAACCCCGUAUAUUACGGCUUCAAGCUCGUGGAGUGGGAUGGACGGGAGACGUGCGGCAUCUGCUCACAGGAUGAGCGGGUGUUUGGCGUUUGUGCUGGGCACCCCGACGAUCCCGACUGGCACAAGGUUCACAAGGCCCUUGCCGACGCGAUCUGCAAGUGCGGCGAGAGCGUCAAGUUCCCCAAGGACGCCCGGGAGCACCGCCGUGGCAAGUUCGGCGCGCAGGCGUGCGGUGUAUCACACGGCGGCGGGCAGACGGCCCCUGCAAACCUCAAGCACACGCCCAAGAUGGCCGCCAUGUUGACGUACCUCAUAAACCUCACCGCCAUGAUUCGCGUUGCGCACUUCGCCUCCUCCGUCUUCUUUAACUGGGCCCCGCGCCUCUGGCUUUUCUACGCAAAGCACAUGCAGACGAUCUUCGAGCACGACCCCACCCUCGAGCGCAACUUCGCGCAGAGCGUCUGGGCGUGCAUUACCAUCAACUUCGGGCCCCGUACCAUGACCUACAAGCACCGCGACUUCGGCAAUCUACCCUUCGGUUGGUGCGCAAUCACGGCCCUCGGGAAGUUCGACCCAAAUCGCGGCGGCCACCUCAUACUCUGGGAGUGCGGCCUCGUCAUACGUUUCCCCCCCGGUUCGACCAUCAUCAUUCCAUCCGGCAUCAUCCACCACUCGAACAUCAAGAUCGCGGAGGACGAGACUCGCUACAGCGUCACUCAGUACACCUCCGGCGCGCUUUUUCGGUGGGCGCAACACGGGUGUAAGCUCGACGAAGACUUCUACUCGUCCCUCACACCUAGCGAGUACGCGCGCGAGAAGGAGCGGAACAAGAAUCGUUGGAGGGAGGGGGCCCGCCUUUGGUCGACAAUUUCUGAAUUGCGCAGCGGCGCGACGGAGCGCGUAGAUACGCUCGACAGACCUGUAGCAUAG